UGUAGAAGCCCCACGUAAUAAAGGUACAUGUCCCCACACUUCUUAUAAAUAAUGCCAAGCUUUUAUCACCGGCCCCACUCCACCGCUUCCGCCACGCCCCCCCACCCACCCACUACCUACUACAACUUUCUACACCAUGAUGAUGAGGGCUCCUCCAAAGCCGAUACCUAAUUUAACAAACCACGGGAUAGCCAAGCCGUAUCUCCGAUCCUUGCCCACCCUCCGAAUCUCACAAACCAACUGCCUCACGAUAAUCACCAACGAAAGCUUAACCACCACCGCAAGGACUACCCCCCUUUGACAACAUGUGUAAACACAUCCUAAACGCCCAAGUCUCGAUCCGCUCCCCCUGCUGCAGGAAAUGGUUCGACUGCGUAGACUGCCACACCGAAUCCCAAACCCACCCCCUCCUCCAGUCCUUCGAGAUGGUCUUCGCCUGCAAAAAGUGCAAAAAGUGCUUCCGCAAGGACGUCAAAGAGUUUGAGGAGGCGGACGAGUACUGCCCCCACUGCGACAAUCACUUCGUCCUCGACGCCCUCACCCCCAAGGCCGCCAUCACCGUCGAGGCCGACGACGUCCGGGUCGACGCCAGGAUGCUCAAGGAUGACAGGGUAGCCGCCAAGAAAGAAAGGCCGACCGUGUUUGAUCCCGAUGCCGAUGUUGACAAGUUGGGUUAA